UAAAAAAACAUGGAGGAUGAAGUUGAUUGAAGAGGCUGCUGUAUUUUUGUGUUCUGAUUUACCCAAAUAUCACAGCUGUUAGUUUGGCUAGAUCAUUGCCUGUCUUGGGAAGAAUUUAGGCAGUAUAUUUUCUCUAGUGUGACAGGUUCUAGAACUCAGUGGCGGUGUUUUGGAGCAGCAGCAGCAGCAGCAGCGAUGGAGGGGUUCGGGACUAUAACCUUCCCCAUGUUAGCAGACGAAGAAGAGAGCUGCAGUGCCUCUGCUGUACCAAGUAACGGUAGCUUUUACAGCACUCCACUGCAGGGUGUUUUCGUUAAAGAGUGCAUGGCCUCUGCAUCAGAAGACCGUAUGGCGUCCCUGUGCCAGAGUCAGCAGCAGUGUGUGAAGGCCUCCAUCGUGUCCAGCUGGCAGCUGGUGGAGGCUCAGGACCAGCUGUGUGGGCUGGAGCUGCACGGCUCUGAGAGUGUUGAGCAGGAGCAUGCCCGCGCCAUUGCCAGCCAAUCAGAGCUGUCCCAGACGGAACAAGAGUGGCGCCGGAAGGAGAACAUGCUGGGAGGCAGCAGGAGCCCUGUGCUCAGUGCUGACAGCAGCCAGGAUGUGUUUGACAAGAGUAUUAUUAAUUCAAGAAGUAAAAACGUUGAAUUGGAGGAUCAUGACCAGAGCAAAACCUUUGUUCAGAAGUAUGAACAGGAAUUUAGAUAUUUCGGCAUGUUGCGGAGGUGGGAUGACAGCCAGCGGUUCCUGUCUGACCUGCCUCACCUCGUCUGUGGGGAGACUGCCAACUACCUGAUCCUCUGGUGCUUCAGACUACAGGCUGAAGAGAAAGAGGCGUUGAUGGAGCAGGUAGCUCACCAGGCUGUUGUUAUGCAGUUUAUCCUGGAGAUGGCCAGCACCUCCCAGCAGGACCCCAGAGGCUGCUUCCGUCACUUCUUCCACAAAGCCAAAGCAGGACAAGAGGGGUACUUGGAUGUAUUCCAUACUGAGCUAGAGGCCUUUAAGCAGAGAGUAAAAGAGCACACUGUCAAGUGCAAAGGAGAGACACUCCCUAACUUUACAGAGCACCAGAGCAGCACAGCACGCUGUCGCCCGGACCCCGGAGAAGUUCUAGAAUCCUUACCCCCUGAACUGAAGUCAGGGUUCCAACUGCAAGACAUGCAGAUUCUCCAGAAUGUUCUCAGCUCCAUGAAUCCACAGGUGGCAGAGUACCAUGUGAAGCGCUGUCUGGAGGCUGGCUUGUGGACCAACCGAGAAGGGAGAUGGUCCAAGGAGGACGCUACUUUAGAAACAGACGAUCUGCGCAUGAUGGAGACAUAACGAAUGUGGCGCAAGCGCCCUCCACCUCCCCAUCAUUUCCCCAUCAGUUCAUGACACUCAAUAGAAAUAUUACAAAAUGGAGGGGAAAAGGCCUGUUCCUGGACUCGUGGUUCUGCAGUGGACGUCUCCGACAUGCUAUGACACCUAGCGUAUGUGGUCCAAACUCUUCUAGAAACUUUCCUUGAAACUCCCGUGUGUCCAGUUUGUCAUCAUUAGGCCAAACAUUGAUACUACCACGGUGUAGCUAUGGUGACAUAACGAUGCAAAGUGAUCAGUUGACUGCUGUGCCGAAUUCUUGUUUUUGUUACUGCUCGUCACUCCACAUCAACCAACCCUCCAAAAAAAUGUGUCCGUCUGUCUAUGUCCAUCACAGAAGAAUAAGCUUGUCAAACAUAUGUGUUUGGCUGCUAAACCUGCUCACAGACUUGAUUGUGGAAUAGAAAGAAAUGGUAACUUUCUGGCUGACGUUGCGUGAUUAACAUCCUGUGUUAGGUUCUGCUUCGAUGCUCUGUUUGAAAUAGAACAGUUUUAAAACAACUGUGUUCAGGGGGAAAUGCUUUUCAUACUUUAGGCCGACCAGACAUAUUAGGUACUUAGACUUUUGCAGAGCGUC